CAGGCGGGGGGGGGCCCGGCCCGGCCCUUCCCCUGGCCCCCGCGCCCCGAGGAUGGCAGCGCUGCCCGCACCAGUGGCUGGCGGCGGUGUCCCUCCUCUUUUUUUUUCCGGCAGCGGCGGCGGCGGCGGCAGCGGCGGCAGCGGCGGCGGAUCAUUGUUGUGUAGGAGGAGGGCGGCGGGGAUGGACUUGAUCUCUCGGGUCUCCUGCUAAGGCGGCAGCACAGCGCGCCCCGCCGCCCAGCCAGCGCAGCGCCCGGCAGGGAGGGACCGGCCCGGCCCCCCGCCCGCUCCCCGGCUCUUUAUUUUUAGGGGGCUCUGCUGCUCCUCUCCCUCGCCCUUAUCUCCCCCCCACCCCCUCCCCGCCCGCACACACGCACAGGGACACGCACGCACCCUCCUCCGGUGCCCUUUCAUCCUUCCCCCGCGCCGUCCUCCCGCGCCGUCUCCUGCCGCGGCAGAUGCGCCGCGGGUCACCGCGCAGCUGGGACUAUGGUGAAAUUUCCAGCGCUCACUAACUACUGGCCCCUGAUCCGGUUCCUGGUCCCUCUUGGCAUCACCAACAUCGCCAUCGACUUCGGGGAGCAGGCCUUGAACAGGGGCAUCGCUGCUGUCAAGGAGGAUGCUGUGGAAAUGUUGGCCAGCUAUGGGCUGGCAUACUCCCUGAUGAAGUUCUUCACGGGUCCCAUGAGUGACUUCAAAAAUGUGGGUCUGGUGUUUGUGAACAGCAAGAGAGACAGGACCAAAGCAGUUUUGUGCAUGGUUGUGGCUGGCGCUGUAGCUGCUGUAUUUCAUACCUUAAUAGCAUAUAGUGAUUUGGGGUAUUACAUUAUUAAUAAGCUGCACCAUGUGGACGAAUCAGUGGGAAGUAAAACUCGGAGGGCCUUCCUUUAUCUUGCUGCCUUCCCUUUUAUGGAUGCCAUGGCAUGGACCCAUGCUGGGAUUCUGCUGAAACACAAGUACAGUUUCCUAGUGGGAUGUGCCUCCAUCUCAGAUGUCAUAGCUCAGGUUGUUUUUGUAGCCAUUUUGCUUCACAGUCACUUGGAGUGCAGGGAGCCUCUCUUGAUCCCAAUCUUGUCCUUAUAUAUGGGAGCACUUGUCCGAUGUACCACGCUCUGCCUUGGAUACUACAGGAACAUACAUGAUGUUAUUCCUGACAGAAGUGGGCCUGAAAUGGGGGGAGAAGCUACAAUAAGGAAGAUGCUGAGUUUCUGGUGGCCUUUGGCAUUAAUUUUGGCAACUCAGAGAAUAAGCAGGCCCAUUGUCAACCUCUUUGUCUCUCGGGACCUAGGUGGCAGCUCCGCUGCCACAGAGGCAGUGGCAAUUUUGACAGCUACAUAUCCUGUGGGACACAUGCCCUAUGGCUGGCUGACAGAGAUCAGAGCUGUAUACCCUGCUUUUGACAAGAAUAACCCCAGCAAUAAACUGGUGAACACCAACAGCACCGUCACAGCGACACAUAUCAAGAAGUUCACUUUUGUUUGCAUGGCGUUGUCCUUAACGCUCUGUUUUGUGAUGUUUUGGACGCCAAAUGUGUCAGAGAAGAUUUUAGUUGACAUAAUUGGAGUAGACUUCGCUUUCGCUGAGCUGUGUGUCGUUCCUUUGCGCAUCUUCUCCUUUUUUCCACUUCCAGUGACUGUCAGAGCACACUUGACUGGUUGGCUGAUGACUCUGAAGAAGACAUUUGUGUUGGCACCCAGCUCAGUGCUGCGGAUUAUCGUCCUCAUCACCAGUCUCAUCGUGCUGCCUUACCUAGGAGUUCAUGGAGCCACGCUUGGAGUAGGAUCCCUUCUCGCUGGUUUUGUGGGAGAAUCCACCAUGGUUGCAAUAGCGGCCUGUUACGUCUAUAGGAAACAGAAAAAGAAGAGGAAUGAGAAUGAGACAGCUGCAGAAGGUGAAGACUCUGCAAUGACCGACAUGCCUCACACGGAGGAGAUGACAGACAUCGUAGAAAUGAGAGAAGAGAAUGAAUAAUAAAUGGGAUGCAAUUGUUCUCUGCAGGGACGAUUGGAGUGACGCUUCAGCAUCUUGUCGUCUCUCAUACUUUUUUGUUUGUUCGUUUUUAUUUUUGUAAUAAAGAGGCCUUGAUUUAAAAGGUUUCAGAUAAAUUCUCUAGCAUACUGAGUAUGCUCUCACUGAUGAGGGACCUAAAAAGAGGUCUUUGCUUCUUCUUUUUUUUUUUCUUUUUUUUUUUUUUCUCCGAUUGAAUUUUUUUUCUCACUCCAUGCAAGCAUAAAAGAUACAAUUGCAUCACUGUAGAGUCUUCCUUACUUAUGCAUCCACCUCCUCUGGACAAUCUGCAUUUGUCAACCAAAGCCCUGCUCCUGUGCGCCUGUGUGUGUGCGGACCUGUGCUCGCACACGCACGCCGCCACGUGCCACUGGCUCAAUGCUACUGCCAUAACCCCACUCCCUCCCCUCUCUCCUUUUCCUUCCUUUUCUUUAUGAGAAAUGGAAAAGAAGUUUGGAAUACAGAGCUUUAUUUUACUUGCUUGAAAAUGACUUUGCUACAUAAACUAAUAUACUAUGGUGAACUAUA